AUGAAAAGAAUAUUAAUCGUUGGAUUCUUGAUGAUUUCAUCAAUUGUUUUUUGUAUUCCAAUCAAACCGGAAAAGGUAAUAAUUUUAACAGUAAUCUUUUAUUUAUUUUUUUGAUUUCAGGUAAAACCAGAUUAUAAAGUUAUCAAAUAUUUGUAUACUCGAGAAAAUGAAACCGAUGUUAUGGAUCCAGAAGCUCCAGAAUUUCAGGUAAAAAAAUAUUUGAAUUUUCAAAAAAUAAUAAAAUCAUAUUAGAUUGUGCCUAUGGAUUUUUUGUGUGAAUUUUGUCAAGUUGUAAUCAUUAAAUUAAAAGAUAGACAACUAACAGAAUCAGAUUUUGAACAAAAAAUCAGAGAAGAAUGCAACAAUUCCACAAAAACUGAAGAGUCAAGUUUAUGCGAUGUAAUUAAUAGGUAAACUUGAUUUCUGAAACCUGAAAAAUUAAAAGAAAACAUUGAUUUUAGAGUGAACUUGGAUAAAUUGCGGAAAGAAGACUCAAAGAAAAUUUGUGAAGAACAAAGUAUGUGUAAUGGAUUGGUAAGUUGGAAUUUUCUCGGAUUGUGAGAAAAAUAUGCAUGUUUUUAAUUUUAGAACACUAUUCCUGAAUUCGCCGGAUCAGAUAUUUCGGAAAAUGAGAAAGUUCAAAUUGUUGCUGGAAACAAAAAUGUAAAUGCGUCACUUCUUGUUGAAGAUAUUGCACCACCUUAUAAUUCAUAA